CCGUGACCCGCUAAGGGCCACCUCCCCGACUUCCCGGCGUGCCCCGCGCCGUCUCCCUGGCAACGGCGCCCAGCGGCCGCGCUCGACUUCCCGGCACGCCCCGCGCCGUCUCCCUGGCAACCUAGGUCCCGAGUUUCGCUGGCCCCGCUACAUGAAUGUGAGGCGCCUCUUCCGGCGUCCGGGUUACUGGCUGGCCCUUGGGCGCGCGCGGUGCUACCACCCUUCGGCCUUCACCCGAAAAGGCAUUGACCGACACUACUCGGAUGCAUUUGACCAUCUCCUAGGAGACUUGCAUGUUGAGUUUCGAUAAGCAAACAAACAGUUUUCUCUUGUUUGGAUCAAUGCUGAAAUUCCGAGAGGCUGCUAAGUGUGUGAGUGGAUCAAUAGCUGUUUCCACAUGUCCAAAGCCCUUGAUCGCAAGAAGAUACACGCUUCAACAGAAACUUGGCAGUGGAACUUUUGGAACCGUCUAUCUAGUGUCAGACAAGAAAGCCAAACAAGGAGAGGAAUUAAAGGUCCUGAAGGAAAUCUCUACUGGAGAACUCAAUCCAGAUGAGACUCUGCAGGCCACUUUGGAGGCCCAGCUCCUUUCCAAGCUGGACCAUCUAGCCAUCGUCAAGUUCCAUGCAAGCUUUGUGGAGUAAGAUGAUUUCUGCAUUUCAGAGUACUGUGAGAGCAAGCUGUUGGACAGCUUCAACUUCCUGGGGAGUGAACCUUCUUGGGGAGUGAGCACUGGCAUCAUUAUUUUCACUCAGCAGAAGCUGAGGUCUCUGGCGUGCAUUUUGUAUGAGAUGUGCUGUAUGAAUCAUGCAUUCUCUGGCUCCAAUUUCUUAUCCAUCGUUUUAAAAAUUGUUGAAGGCGACAUUCCUUCUCUCCCUGAGAGAUACCCAAGACAGCUGAAUGCCAUCAUGGAAAGCAUGUUGAAUAAGAGUCCUUCAUUGAGACCAUUUGCUAUAGAAAUUUAAAAAAUUCCUUACAUUGCUGAACAACUACAGCACCUGAUGUGCCAAUAUUCGGAAAUGACCCUGGAAGACAAGAAUUUGAAUCGUCAGAAGGAGGCAGCUUAUAUAAUUAAUGCUGCAGAAAAAAUCCACCUGCAGACCCUGCGGGCGCUGUCUGAGGUACAGAAAAUGACACCAGAGAGGAUGCGGCUGAGGAAGGUCCAGGCAGCUGAUGAGGAGGCCAGGAAGCUAAAAAAGCUUUUGGAAGAAAAAUACGAAGAAAACAACAAACAAAUGCAAGAACUGAGAUCUCGGAACUUGCAGCAGCUGACUGUGGAUGUGCUCCACGAAAAAGAGCAUUUAAUGGGAAUUGAAGAAAAGGAGGGGCAACCUGAGGGAAGGCUUUCUUGUUACCCCUGGAGGAGGUUGGAGAGAGGAGGCCAGGCAGAGAGGAGACCAGAUGCUUCUCAUGAAUUGUUCAUUACCUUCUGCAAGGAAUUUGAUGACUCAGCUUCAGAGAACCUGCCUGAAUCUCAGCCCGUUCCUUCCCUGGACCUUGGCACACUUGGGUCAAGUGUAGAGGACACCGUAGCUGACCUUGGAGAUCAUGGUAUAAGUUUGCAUUAGCCUGCAGAAGGCUGCUCUUGGAUGACAUGUGCGUUGGUGAGGCUGACCCUCCAGUGAGCCUGGCCAGCCUCUGGGAGAAGCCUUGGGUGUAUGUGGCCACCUUCCAUCAGUUUGCCAGAGCUGGGCUGUGGUGGUGAAAAGCAGAGAAGCUGAGGGCUUUGUCCAUCCUCUCUUGUCUUCUUUGUCAUAGCGAAGAUGAGCUGGAAACUCGUACUGGAUGAGGGACCUCCGCUUCUACAUGAGUUAAACAGCAUCACUACUAACAUGUGUAAGACUGUGAAUGCUCUGAAGUAAGUUGUUUCCCUGGCCCUCAUGAACCAGAAAAAAAGUGCUCAGAGCUGUCAGCCAAACUGGGGAGAUAUGUCAUAGCCUAAUGGUAUCAAACAUGAGUUUUAGAGUAAAAAAGCUGGCCCUAUCAGGGAAGACCCUGGCAACAAUCUGUCUAGGUCUCAGUUUCCUUUACCAUGAAACAAGAAUAAAGCAAAUUAGCUAAGGCCUGUGAUGUGCUCUCAGCUCCAUGCCCAGCACAUGGUAAAAACCAAAGAGAGGGAAGCAGUUCAUGACUCUGAGGGGCAGGGCUGGGAACGUGAGACCUUGAAGUCCUGUAGGGCCGCUGACAAGUGUCAGGAACAUCAUAGGCACUCAGUGAACAUUCUUUGAGUGAAUGAAUGUGUGGAUGAAUGACAUGUUGUCUCGACCUCUGAGAAGCAGAUGCCAAGACGGGACUAGAAGUGCAAGGAUAUUAUUAGGGGAAAUGUCUGCAUAAAAGGAGUUAGGAAAGGAGCUAGGAAAGGCUGAGAGAACUGUCAGACCGCAAUUCGAGUCUCAUUCCAAGUGAAGAGAGAAGUUCGCUGGAUGAGCCCUAGUCUGUGAGGCAGUCAGAGGCAGCCAGGACGUCAGGAAGUGGUUCAGGAGACUCAGCUGUUGGAGGCUGCAUGUCCCUGCUGCCGUGGGCCUGGGGUGGGGAUGGCGGAGGGGUGUGGUAGCCUCACUCUCCUUGUGGGUGAAUGUCUUGAGGUGCAUCCUCGUGGCUGGAACUCUCUGGCAGCAGCUGAGUUCUCUUUCCAAAGAAUGGAGGUAGUGAAACUUGGAUUUGGCUGGUCAUCUCAGCCCAAAUUUGCUUUCGAUGUCUUCCUGAUGGAGCUGUUAGAGCUCGUGCUGCCUUCUUCAGUUGUGAGGAGACUAGGACCUGAUGCUCUUCAGGUUGCCAUUUGCCAACUUUUGAAAUGGUGUUUUGGAAGCCAUCUGGUAACGGGUGUUACUGGCAGACAAAUAUGUGUAUUAGAUGGAUUUGCAUUUAGAUUCUUUUCAGGUAUUUCUUUUAUUUAUUUAUUUAUUUGUCUGCAUUGGGUCUUAGUUGCAGCACAUAGGAUCUUAGUUGUGGCAUGCAGAAUCUUUUCGUUGAGGCACGCGGGCUCUUCAUUGCAGGGCGCAGGCUUCUCUCUAGUUGUGGUGCUUGGGCCCUAGAACACACAGGCUCAGUAGUUGUGGUACGUGGGCCCAGUUUCCCCAUGGCAUGUGGGAUCCUAGUUCCCUCACCAGGGAUGGAACCUGCAUCCCCUGCAUUGGAAGGUGGACUCCCAACCACUGGACCACCAGGGAAGUCCCCAGGUAUUUCUUUAAUACAUUAUUUGUUAUUUUCCAAAGGUAAAAUUUGGAAAUGUAGAACCGUCCCCUGGGCCUUUCUUUCCAAGGCUAUAAAACCAAGGGCUAGGCAGGCCUUUGAGUAGCACCGAUAUGGACAGCCUGUGCACUGCUGGAGGGCCAUCGCCAUCUAGAAAGAGGAAGCCCCAGGACAGGGCAUUUAGUGGGUGGCCUAGGAUCAAGAGGCCUGG